CAACAACGCGAAAGGGCGGCCAGAGCAGCGCACGGCAAGACAUAAUAAUGGCGCAUCAGGAUUCUAACCGUGUUAAUUAGAUCCGACGCUCCCUCCGCGAUCCUCUUGCAGAUCUGGUGGAGUGGUAAUUUUUCACCAGCUGCGCGUGUCAGCUUACAUGUGGUAUCCUUGCCCGACCACCACCACGGCGACGAAGCGAAUGACCUGGAGACGUGCGUCGUACAGCGCUGCUCGACACCCAACACGAUUCGGCAAUCCGAGCGGGGGUCCAAACAGACAGCGCUUGAUACAUAUACGGGCUUCACAGACGAUCGCGCUGAGGACUGGAGAAAGGGUAUAAGAGGCCAUGCCGCCCGAUAGGUCGUCGUUCACCGCGCUCAACAUCCCCAACAAUGCAGUGCCUGAGUGGAUGGGGUCCUUCAGCCUCGCGGCGCCGCCCAACACCGACCUCUGGCGCAAGCCGCCGAGCCGCGACACGUCGACGGCCCCGAUCCUCUACACCGCGUUGCGCAGCCCGUUCAUCGCGGCCGAAGUGACAGUGUCGGCGGACUGGGAGCUGGAAUGGGACCAGGGCGGGCUGGUGAUAUUCGCAGGGGCUCCGCCGGGGAGAAUUGCGGCAACCGCAAGCAGCGCGACGGGGGCAGGAACGACGGACGCAGCUGCGACGACGACGACGGCGACUCCCCCGAAUCCGAACGCGCCUUCCAAUCUCGCACCACCAGCAGGCGCGCCCCCCAGCACGGCAACCGCGAACAACGGUGCGGGGCAGCAGCAAUCGGCGGUUACACACGGUGCGCCCCCCGCAUACGCUGCCUCUGUCCCUCCUGCACCCGCCUCCAAAUGGGUCAAGGUCGGGCUCGAGUUCUGCAACAACGCCUGCCACGCUACCUCUGUGUGCGCGACCUCUGACGGCGCCGAUUGGGCUCUCACGGCCCUGCCUCCGCAUCACGCGCGCCGCCUCGACCUGCGCGUAAAGAUCGAGCGCAUCGGCUACGCCCUGUGGGUCUGGUACGAGGACGCCGUAUCAGGCUGGAAGAAGCUGCGCGAAGUAACGUGGUUCUUCUGGGGCGUUGAGGACAAGCAGGUCCGCGUGGGCGUGUAUGCGAGUCGGCCGGCGAACUUCGGGACCACCGUGUUUGAGAGGAGGAAUGGGGGGCCGAGUGUGACACAGCGGAAUCUGUGUGUGGAUUUUGAGGCAUUGGAGAUAUUCUGAAGAUUCAAAUUGAGGCGCGGGUUAGGGUUGAGGUUGCUUCGUUUGGAUCGAUAUUGGUUCUGGUUGUUCAUUCAUCUUGGAGGAAUUGGACUAGGAUGAUACCUCACAUUGAACAGCUGUUUCUUUCCACUUUCUUCAUUUCUUAGUCUCCAUUUACUCGAUUCAUUCUCCUCCAAUUCUUCUAGCAUAGAUUAGU